UUCAUUCAAAGAAAUUGCCCUAGUUUUUCAGAUGACGCGGUGUUUGAGAAUGUUUCCGUGAUCUACAGCAGCAUUCCACCUGACAUCAAUAUGGACUCCAUGCCUCGUGCGACCAAGUCGAGCGUAGGGGGAGAAAUGCUUCGUGUUUCAAAGCGAUCAGAUGGCAAGCUCAGUGUUUUUGCGUGUGACUCUCCACAAAGAACCACUCCAUCGGUGACUUUUACAGUCUGUGUGGUGUGCCACCGAACUAUUGCUGAUCGGGAGAUGUUUUUGAACUUCCCUGACGAUUUGGACAGGCGGCGGUUGUGGGGAAACAUGCUGGGCUUCAAGUACUCCGAUAUGCUGAGAAUGCGUGAUGGAUCUGUUAUGCUGAGUACUGGUCUUAUUUGCACAGACCACUUUUCAGAAGAAUGUUUUAGGGUUUUCAAUUUUAACAAGGCCGCCAUUGAAACAUUAGGAAUGCCAACCGUGGCUUCUUCGAGAGUUAGAUUAACGCCAUCAAAAAAAUGGAUACCUUGGGAUUGUACUGUUUGUUCUUUUCAAAGUCAUAGUGUAUACGCUAUGCAGAGACAUAUGAUUGAACACACUGACGACCCAAAAAGUCCACGGGGACUCCUCUGUCCUUUCUGUAGAAGGUGCACGUACGGCUACAAAACCAUGAGUGGUCUAAGAAGACACCUGACGAUGCCGCCCGUUCAACAUUGUCAACUCAAGCGUAUUUUCGAAAUUGCUCGGAGCAACUGUCGGUCUUCGCUUCUGGAUCCGGUAAUGAAAUGGUCUUCAUGGACGGACCGCAAUGUCUACCUUGCUUAUCAUGGUUGUGAGCCGCCACCGCGCACUCCUCGGAAGAGGCCGGAUAGUAGUCUUUCGACACAGGAAUCAUCAGAACACUCUAACACUUCUUCGCCAGGUGUACUUCAUAACUCACCUAGCACGAAUAAUGCGGUUUUAUCUUCGAAAUCAACAUCGUGGUCGGAUGCAAGUAGCCCAGUCAGUCACCUUGCAUCUAUUGUGUGUUCGAACGAAUUUUUUUGCCAAGUUUCAAUUUUCAGACAUCGAACUUUUCAAGUUCGCAAACGCCGCAAAUCACGCCUACAAAUAGUGCAAAUCUCUCUACCACUCCAACUGCACGUAGCUCUGGGCCGCUUCCUACUCAGUCUCAGCGCGUUAGUAGAAGAACGCCACGUCAGAACCCACGUCGUCCUCUAG